AUGUGGAAGAGCAGCGACAUUGAGAGUUUAGACUAUGACCUCUUCGAGAGCGUCGUGAACAAGUCGGGCAUGGGCUACAAGUACCGCAAUGGACAGGAGAAGAAUCGACUGAUCUACGCACGCUGGUUCCUCACGCUGGCCACGGGCGUCAUCACGGCCCUAGUUGCGGUCUUUCUGCUCUACUUUACGACGCUACUCACGUCGAUUAAACACCACGUGAUUGAGUCCACGAUCCGUCAUGAGCUGACCAAGCACGUGCUCUUUGGCACUACGUUCUGGAGUUUUGUCGCGUUCAAUCUCGUGCUUGUCGCGAUUGCCGCAACGGUCACGUCGUUUGGCGAGCCGGUAGCUGCUGGAUCAGGCAUUUCGGAAGUCAAGACGACGCUGAAUGGAAUGAAGAUUCCGUCCAUGUUGCGUCUACGCACGUUCUUUUGCAAGAUCAUUGGCACGGUAUGCUCCGUUGCUGGCGGUUUGCCGGUAGGCAAAGAAGGCCCGAUGAUUCACAGCGGUGCGAUCGUUGCAGCAGGGCUUUCGCAAGGCAAGUCAUCGACGCUAGGCUACGAUACAAGCUUUUCCUAUUUUGGAGGAUUCCGGAACGACCGUGAGAAACGAGACUUUGUGGCUUGCGGUGCUGCUGCUGGUGUUGCGUCGGCGUUUGGAGCGCCCAUCGGUGGCGUUCUGUUCGUCUUGGAGGAAGGUGCAUCGUUCUGGAAUCAGACCCUCACGUGGAGAACGCUGUUUUGCGCAAUGUCUGCAACGUUCACGCUGGCCUUCUUCCUCUCUGGCAUGAACGACAACCUGUCAUGGGGCACGCUUGGCAGUCAUACGGGAAGCUUUAGCUUCGGGCCGUUCACGUCGAGCACGUACCAGAUAUGGGAGGUCCCUCUGUUUGUGAUGAUGGGUAUUGGCGGUGGACUACAAGGAGCGUUGUUCAACGGUCUCAAUACGCGUCUCGCGAGAAUACGGUCUCGCUGGGUACGCACGAGUUGCGUUGCUUGGAUGGAGGCACUGCUCUUCUCGGUUCUGAUCUCAUCGCUUCUGUUUUCCACUCCGUUCCUGCUUGGCAAAUGCCACGUACUCCCACGAGCGCGUGAAGAUGUCGUGCAUCUUGCCGACACAGCAAGUGCUGCGGUAGCGCCCAGCAAAGCGUUUGUCUUUGGAAUGGAGAUGCUGAAGAAGAAUGGCUCAGCUUGCAUUUGUGAGAGCUGUGCUAGCGUGUCGAUGGAAGGCGCCGAGUGUUUCCAAGCGGACGAGACGGUGCAGUAUCCGUACAAGAAAGAGUUGCUGCGCUUCUACUGUCCCGAGGGCCAGUACAAUGACUUGGCGUCGCUCAUGCUCACGGGAGGCGAAACAGCGAUAAAGCACUUGUUUCAUGCACCGCCAGACUCGUUCGACGUGCGCAACCUCGUCGUGUUUUGGCUCAUGAUGCUGUUGCUGGCCUGUUUGACCUACGGUCUCAAGAUACCAAGCGGUCUGUUCGUGCCGGCACUGCUCAUCGGUGCCGCUUAUGGACGACUGUGGACGCGCGUAAUCAACUACUUCACGGGGCUCCAGCACAUGAAAACGGUCGACCCGCGGACGUAUGGACUCGUGGGCGGCCUGGCAAUGCUCGGCGGCGUGACCCGCAUGACGAUCUCGCUCACGGUCAUCAUUCUCGAGUGCACGGGCAACAUUGAGUUUGGCUUGCCACUCAUUCUCACCUCCUUCUUUGCUCGGUGGGUGGGCAACUACUUCAACGAAGGCAUCUACGACAUCUACAUCCAUCUGCGUCACGUGCCGUUCUUGGAUUGGAAUCCGCCAUCGCGCGGCGCUUAUCUGCGCGUGAAACACACGAUGACUCCGAAUCCCAAGACCCUGCGCACAGUCGAGCGCGCUGGCGUUGUUUUCGAUCUGCUGACAAGCACAAAGCACAACGCGUUCCCCGUCAUCGUGGAAGACCCGACUUUUGGUAGCCGCUUCUUUGCCGGUGUGAUCCUGCGGAAGCAGCUGAAUGUGUUGCUGAGCUAUCGGGACUUUAGCGUCAACAAGCCAAAGCCUUUCCACCGUCAGCCCCAUCCUGCGUCGUACCGACCUGACGUGACGUCAACCGGAAACGUUCAUCGCGGUCGUCCGAGGAAUCUGGAAGCGAAUGGCACGCCCCGAGUUGACGAUAAGCUGCUGGAAUCGCCUCUUGCCAGCAACUACUGCUUGUCGUACCACGACAUGGAGGCGCAUUAUCCUCGGUACCCGAUCCCAGCCCCCACGCAUUGGAGUUGUCAAGGAACAGCAGCUCAUGCAGGUCGUAUAGCUGGUGACGAGCUGUACACUCUGUCCGAGGAAGACCGAGCCUCGUGGGUGGACCUGACACCGUACAUGAACCAGACGCCAUACUUGAUCCAAGAAGAAGCGCCUUUUGUGCGCGCCUACCGUCUCUUUCGAAGUGCCGGUCUUCGGCAUCUCGUUGUAGUCGACCGUCACAACAACGUGCGCGGGAUCAUGACAAGGCGCGAGCUCGAGGAAGAGCAUUGCACCCGUUGCUUCCGUCUGGCGAAAACCAUUGACCCAGACGAUGUGUAUCCGCUCUCGGAAGCGCCUCGGGUUGGGUUCCUGCGAAAGUUGCGCCACAAAGUCUCCCGGGCAGACCAAGUGAAGCGAGCGCUGAGCAACUCGGUCUCACAUGUUUGA